AUGUCUCGUCAAUCUGUCUGCAGGAGCUUCGGAGGAGGGAAUAGAAGGGGCUUCAGCUCCUGCUCUGCCAUCGGUGGUGGCUUCGGAGGUGGCGGCAGGAGCAGGAGCAGCUACAGCUCCUACUCCGUGUCCAGGGGCUUUGGAGGUGGAGGACGCUGCGGGGGCUUCACCAGCAGGAGCCUCCACAACAUGGGGGGCAGCGGCAGGAUGUCCAUGGGCGGCUGCUACGGCGGUGGCUACGGAGGCAGGAUGGGAGGGUUUGGUGGAGGGUACGGAGGUCUCGGCAGCUUCGGGGGCGGGAUGGGUGGAGGAGGAGGAGGCAUCGGCGGAGGAGGAAUGGGUGGCUUUGGUGGUGGGAUGGGUGGUUACGGUGGUGGGAUGGGCGGUGGAGGAAUGGGAGGCUUCGGUGGCCCAGGCUUUGGCAUGAGUGGCUUUGGUGGCCCUGGGAGAGGAGGUCCUGGGAUCCAACCGGUGCAGAUUGACUCAACCCUCCUCCAGCCAGUCCAUGUCGAGAUCGAUCCCCAGAUCCAGCACGUCAAGAACCAGGAGAAGGAGCAGAUCAAGACCCUGAACAACCAGUUUGCCUCCUUCAUCGACAAGGUGCGAUUCCUGGAGCAGCAGAACAAGGUCCUGUCCACCAAGUGGGAACUGCUGCAGCAACAAGGGCCACAAGGGCCGAAGAAGAACCUGGAUGUGAUCUUUGAGAACUACAUCCAGAACCUGCGGAGGAGGUUGGAGACUCUGCUGGGGCAGAGGGGACAGCUGGAGUCAGAGCUGCAGAACAUGCAGCAAUACGUGGAGGAUUACAAAACCAAGUAUGAGGAAGAGAUCAACAGGAGAACCUCAGCCGAGAAUGAGUUCGUGGUGCUGAAGAAGGACGUGGACACUGCCUACAUGACCAAGGUUGAGCUGGAAGCCAAGGUGGGAGCUCUGACCGAUGAGAUCAACUUCCUGAGGUGCAUUUAUGAGGAGGAGCUGUCUCAGAUGCAGACCAUCAGCAGGGACCUGUCUGUGGUGGUGUCCAUGGACAACAACAGGCACCUGGACCUGGAGAGCAUCAUCGAGGAGGUCAGACGACAGUACGAGCAGAUCGCCCAGAGCAGCAGAGCUGAGGCCGAGGCCUGGUACCAGAGCCAGUAUGAGCAGCUGCAGAGCACAGCAGGACGACACGGGGACAACCUCCGCAACACCAAGAUGGAGAUCCAGGAGCUGUCCAGGAACAUCCAGAGGCUGAGGGCGGAGAUUGAGAACGUGAAGAAACAGAACCAGCACCUGCAGUCAGCCAUCGCUGAGGCCGAGGAGAGGGGCGAGAUGGCCCUGAAGGAUGCCAGGAUAAAGCUGGAGGAGCUGGAGGGUGCCCUGAGCAAGGACAAGGAGGAGCUGGCUCGGCUGCUGAAGGAGUACCAGGAGCUGCUGAACAUCAAGAUCGCGCUGGACGUGGAGAUUGCCAUGUACAGUACAGGAAGCGAGGGAGAGGAGACCAGGCUCUGCAACGACAGCAUGUCCAACGUCAACGUCUCCGUGGUAGGCAGGACCACCAUCUCUGGAGGACGAGGAGGAAUGGGAGGAGGAUUUGGCAGCGGAAUGGGAGGAGGAGGAUUCGGCGUUGGCAGCAUGGGAGGAGGAUUCGGCGGCG